AUGGCCCCUUCGUUUGAGGAACCCCUCACCGAGGCUUUAGAAGCCCCGCUAAAGUCCAAACCUGAACUUGUCGCACCUGAACCAGAGCAUUGUCCUGGUCCCGAAUCAGAUCAAGCAGGACAAGGCGAUGCAUGCGCUGGGUGUCCAAAUCAAGCAAUAUGUGCUUCGGCACCAAAAGGUCCAGACCCAGACAUCCCCCUCAUAACCGAAAGACUGGCUGGGAUUAAACAUAAGAUACUGGUGUUAUCGGGGAAAGGAGGGGUGGGGAAAUCAACGUUCUCGUCUUUGCUGUCGCAUGCAUUUGCGGCGAACCCAGAUUCUACUGUCGGGAUAAUGGACACCGAUAUUUGUGGCCCAUCAAUACCCAAGAUGAUGGGCGUGGAAAACGAGACGAUCCAUGUGAGCAACGCAGGCUGGAGUCCUGUCUGGGUCACCGACAACCUGGGAGUCAUGAGUGUCCAAUUUAUGCUACCCAAUCGAGACGACGCAGUCAUUUGGCGCGGGCCUAAGAAGAAUGGCUUGAUAAAACAAUUUUUAAAAGAUGUGGAAUGGGGGGACUUGGACUACUUGAUUGUGGACACACCACCAGGAACGUCAGACGAGCACCUCUCUGUCAACUCAUUUUUGAAAGAGUCGGGCGUAGAUGGUGCAGUGGUGGUUACGACACCCCAAGAAGUAUCGUUACUGGAUGUGAGGAAGGAAAUUGACUUCUGCCGAAAGGCAGGCAUUCGGGUCCUGGGUCUGGUUGAGAACAUGUCCGGCUUCGUCUGUCCCAAGUGCACUCAUGAGUCUCAGAUAUUUCGAGCCACGACCGGAGGUGGGAAAAAGCUGUGCGAUGACAUGGGUAUUCCAUUCUUGGGAGCAGUCCCUUUGGACCCUCGAAUCGGCAUGGCAUGCGACUUUGGUGAAAGUUUCAUGGAUUCUUAUCCAGACAGUCCGGCUUGCAAAGCAUUGCGCCAAGUGGUCCGGUCGGUUGGGAAACUGGUGGGUGAAAACCCGGACGACGUUCUCCCUGAUGGUCCUAUAUGA